CUCUGCUAACCCUAGACACCAUAGUAGCUCUAGGCUGGUAAUUUACAGGAACAGGCUCUGGUGCCUGUAAAGAUGCCAGCAAACUUGUACCCCAUGUGUCACUACAACAUAAAAUCGAUUGCUUUCCAGGGUUCCCAAGAGCUACUGCUCGCCUGUUGACAAGCUUAGUAAACGACUAGCAUGCUAACGUAGCUUGUAAUCCCGUACCAGCUUAUCCAUCCCCAAAAAAAAUUCAUAGUUCUCGGCUUUUUAGACAAUACAACGGUCAGUCUACUGCGGGAGUCUGCUGUUGAAGAUCAAGACACUAGUCAUCUAUAUAUCUGAUAUGGCAAUGGGGUUACAUGCCUUGUAGAAAGGUCAGUGUAAACAAUUCGGUAUGAUUAUAAGAAUGAUCAAGUGGAUACCUUGGCUUGUGAUAGCGUCGUGAAGCACUUGCAUGGUUGCGUGGCUAUCGCACCAUGCGAAUGCACAUAUGGACUGCCCUUGCUGAUCCAAAAACUCGGGCAACGCCUUAAGGUCACGCGGCCUGGCUAGUGAUGUUGGUGGCUCACCAACUGCGGAUUCUCAUUUGCGAACUCGCCCGAGACACGCGCGCUAGUGGAUCAGUUGGUCCGAUUCCCCAACAACGGACAAGGGAUCUUCGGUGACUCCGUGUCAUGGGUGCCACCGGAUGACAUUGAGGCGUAGCAAGGGCUGUGAUCAAUGGUUCAUAUAACUUCAUGCAUUUCUCCCUUCGCAUAGGCGUGAAAUGCUUAGAUCUAUUACCCUCGAGAACUAUCCAUCAAGCUGAGAACGCGGCAGCGAGAGAAACAUAAUCAACCAGCCAAUUCAUCUUCUUCCGAAUUCGAAUCAACGCCAGCGAACCUCGUUACCUUUCAGUGGGGCUUGACACUCUAGAGACACACGCACCGGCCAACAUGGGGCUUAUCGGAAAAUCAUCAGCUCCCACAGAGGGUGCCGAGGAACAGCCUAAGAAGUCGCUCUACCAACGCUACCAGGACAAGAAGACUGGCCGCGACACCGUCAUCUCGGACGAGGACCUCGUCAAGUACACCGGCAAGCGCAGAGACGAGAUCAACGACUGGGCAAAAGAUCGGCCCGGCGUCGCUGGGAACCGGGCUGCGGGGACCUUAGCGGCUGGUUCUGCCUCCGGCUUUGGUGGGAUGGCUACGGCAGAUGGGUACGGCGGAUGGGGUAUGGGUGCCGGAUCGGAUCCCAAACAUCCGCCGCAGCCGAGCCGGAAGGGGGAUCCGGACGCUGAGCUGUCAAAGUAGG